GAAAGGAGACAAGGACGCCACCACACGGUGUUGGGUCGCGGCGCGCUGUAUUCCUUCGACUCCGUCCACCUCCAUUCACACAGUAAAUAAAAGCAUGGAGGCUCCGACUCUCGGGAUCUAACGCCGAGCAGCGGGGGGUCGACACACCGCCGCAUGCGCGCUUCUCUCCGGCCCACAACGCGCAGGGAGGAGGCAGGGGAACGCGGCGAACGCGCUGCCCGUGGGAUUUUAACUCUUUUUUUCUUUCUCUCUCCUCCAUUUCUCGUUUUGGAAGGAGGUGGUGGUGGUGGUGGGGGGGGGGAGAGGGAUUGUGCUCGGCGAGAGAAGGAAGCGGGGCAGCCCGCCGCGCCGAGCAUGAAGCGGACGGCGGCCAGGCACAAUGGCCUCGUCUCUCCGCUGGGCAACAACAACUCCGGAGCCUCGAGCAUCGCGCCGCCGCCGCCGAGAGCCGCCGGCGUCCCCCCCGCCGCCGCCGCCGCCGCCGACUGCGGCGCCGGCGUCGGCGCGGACGGCCUGAUGGAUUUCUCCAAAGGCCCCGUCGUCAAGACGGAGCUGGUGUGCAAGUGGAUCGACCGAACUUCGCCGCGGCGGCAGCGGCUCGGGCGGGCGGCGGCGGCGGCGGCGUCCGUCUGCGAGCAAACUUUCGGCUCCAUGCACGAGCUGGUGGACCACGUCACCACCGAGCAUGUCGCGGCGGGGCUCGAGAGCCUCAGUCACGUCUGCAUGUGGGACGAGUGUCUGCGCGGCGGGAAGGCGUUUAAAGCCAAGUACAAACUCAUCAACCACAUCCGCGUGCACACCGGCGAGAAGCCCUUCUCGUGCGCGUUCCCCAACUGCGGCAAGAUGUUCGCACGCUCCGAGAACCUCAAGAUCCACACGCGCACGCACACUGGUGAGAAGCCAUUCCAGUGUGAGUUCUGCGAGCGACGCUUCGCCAACAGCAGCGACCGGAAGAAGCACUCACAGGUCCACACGGCCUCCAAGCCCUACGACUGCAAGGCCCUGGGCUGCACCAAGUCCUACACCCACCCCAGCUCCCUGCGCAAACACAUGAAGGUCCACGUCAAGUCGUCACCUACCUCUGAGCCCCGGGAUCCGUACGACUCCAUCCCCCAUCAACUGCAGCAACCUCAUCAGGCUCUCCUCGAGCCCCUCAACCUUAAAAUGAACCGCCACUCUCCAUCACUUGCCAACAAUAAUGCUGAAUUUCCUCUUCUGACUAAUCACGAACUGGGCCUCAGCUCGGCCGGCGAGGCGGACCACAAGCUGCUGCUGCGGAGUUCGUCCCCGAUGGCGAUGCCUCUGGAUCUGUCUCUGUCAGGCCUGAAGAGUCAGCUGGCCCAGAGGCAGCAGAGUGGCAGGACCCCACGGAGGAGCCAGCGCUCAGUCAACCCGGCCUUACCUCAGUUGUCUAACAUUAAAGAGUGGUAUGUCUGCACCAGGACUACAGCGCCACACUUUCCCCUGCUUCACCCAGACCACAUCAAAUCAGAACCUAGUGACGACGACGAGUACGUCACGUAGGACGGAGGCACUGGUGAAACUGGAAGGUCGCGAACAGACCUCAAAACAUUGUCGGACCCAAGGUCAGGUCGGAUGAUGCUCUCUGGAAUCAUAGUUGCUGUAAUUUUCCAGAGCCAGCAGUUGUAUGGUUCAGCAUCGGUGGGCCCUUCUAAGACGGAGAAGGCUGUGAUCAGAUAGAUGGCUGUUUUUUUUACGCCGUCUCAGACACAGAACUCGGCUCAGAGAUUGUCACCAUCUGUGGACCAAAGGCAAUGGCUCAAAAAACGGCGCCACAAGGGACAAGAGGAAUUCCAUCACCACGGUUAUCAAUCUAAAGCUAGCUAACCUGAACUAACGAGGGGGAUCAUUUUGUACAAAUGGACCAGAGAAUGUUAGUGAUGGUUGAGUUUGCUGUUAAAGAAUAUCAAGAGGGCGUGUGUGUGUGUGUGUGUGUGUGUAAACGAUGAGACAGAAUAUCGACCAAUUUAUCUAAGACCUCCACCUAGACGAAACAAUCUCAAGGGCUAAAUUGACACGGGUUAACCCGAGCUCACCGUCUCUUUGUUCACGCGGUAACAGCGGUUGUGUGUGUGUGUGCCUGUUAAGGCCUCAGUAUGCUGUACUGUAUUCUGUACAAUGCUAGAAAGCUACAAAUGUUGGAAACAGCAGGUUUUCCUUUCAGAAAUUGGGGUCUCAGAUGCCCUUUGGGUGACAGGUCAAGCACGUUGUUGGACGCAAACUGAGGCCUUUACUAACAAACCCUUGGUAGUAGCUUGUUCCACCACAGUCUAAUCUAAGACAGCAUCCAGCCGUGAAGCCGCAGUCUAAAGGCCGGCGGACACACCAACCCGACGUCAAAAACAACUCAAAUCGACAAAGACCGGCUGCGCUCGUCUGGCCGCGUCAGGCAAACAAAAUUGUACCUGUCCCGGAACACACCACCAAGACAAUAUCCAACGGCCCACUAACUCGUACGUUCUGCGCCUGCGUGAGAGGAAAUAUAUCUCCGUAGCAGCAGGGCGCGGUAGUAUAGUCGGCCAAAAAUGUACACCGCCCCGACUUGGACUAUCGACACUCAUCGAAGUUCAGACGUGUUCAGAUAGCCGACCAAUCGGUUUGGUGUGUCACGGCCUUUAGACCUUUAGGCCUGAUCCCCUUUUGUACCGAUCAUCAAGUGUCUCCUUAAAAACCUCUUCAACUCUAUGGACCUUUCAGUGAGUUAAUCGUGGAUUAAUGUUUACACUCCAUUUACAGUUAAGUCAAGACCCCCAAGGUUUCCAAAAUGACCAUGUUUGUCAUACACAUAUUCCUUUAACAUAAAAUGUGUAUUAAAUGAUGCACAAAC